CCUUUACGUGGUCUACCCUUGAGGAUCUAGUAUACGAGGCUUCUAAAUGCCCAGAAAGCCCUUUAUCUCAACAUGAGUCAAGUGCGAGCUUCAUCGCCCUUAUCUUCUCCGCCUGCGACCCAGUCUUUCUCAGGCCAGACGACACGGGCAGACACCCUUCAAUAUCGGCCAGUCAAACCACUUCCAUAUGAAUUAGCCCACCAUGUACACACAUAUUACGAGGAAGGUCUCUUCACUCAGGCAUACAAUUUCCUUCUCUCCAUCACUGCAAAUAGCCUAUCCUGCUUUGAUAGACAUCUGCCGGUGAUGGUUCCUUCAGCCCCCCAUCUAUCCCUGGCAGCGACCAUCAGUGUGCACCCUCUCUUCACGACCCGUACCACUUCUCGCGAUAAAUGGAACCAAUCUAAUUCAGCUCUACGACUUCUGAAAAUCAUCCUGAAAUCGGCCGGGCCCGUCAACGCCAACUUGGUCAAGGCCUUUACCUUUCGAAGAUACGAUCCAAGGUCGUCAGAAGAGAGGAGGUCGCCUUUCAAUUCGACUGACCAAGGACGCCGGCCUAAGCAGCGGGCAUUUGAUCCUGAGCCAGACACGCCAUUUGCAAAGAGAGACAGUCUAUGGACAGAAGCAGGUGAUUUUUGGAGUUUGGUUGGAUGGGCAUUCAACUGUGCCUGUUUACCAGAAGAUAUCUAUGCCCAGAGAUGGGCCGUAUAUUCUCAGUUUCUAUCAUUCCUGCUCGAUGUUUUGGACAUUGAUUGGAAUCUCCGCAACCGAACUCAAGUACCCGAAGAGAGUUUACUAUGGCAGUACGUCGAACUCUCUGGUGGCAACCAUAGACGCAUUCUCCGCGCCAUUUUCGCCAAUGGGACGUCGAAAUCCACCAACGAGUUUCGACCCAUCUUUGACCAUGAACUCAAGGGUCCUAUACGUCGCGACCUAGCAUCCCAGAAGCGGAGAGGGGACGUGAACAUUGACCAAGAAAUGUACGGGGAUUAUCUCAUGCAAGACGAAUCCGACUUGUCUCUUGAUGAAGGCGAUGAGUGGAAAGACUUCCAAAGAACUUCGAGAGGACAUGACCGUCCAUCCAAACGAAUGCGAACACGCACUCCAUCAUCUCGCCGACUCACACCCCGAAACAGCUCUGGAAGCCUCCGGUCGCAAUACGCAAAUGGAGAAGACGGCCCCAUCACUUCUGGACCAACAAAUAAAGCCACCCUCGGAGAUAGCCUCUGUCUCACCCUUCGAAUUCGACUUCUAACCAUGCUGACCUACAUCUCCACACAUCCAACCCUGACAGCCACAAGCCCCACCACAUUCCCAGACCUAGAAGACCUCCUGACAUUCUUCGUCGAAUACAUCAAACCACUCCCCCUCAGUGAAUUCGCCUCUUUCGUCCUCCCUCAACCUACUGUGACAAUUCCUCCUCCUCCUCCUUCUACCACACAACCACACAACGACUCUAGUCCUCACAAUUUACCGCACUUUGAACCAAUCGUCCACCUGAAUUUACUAGAAGCCUUACUCCAACAUACACUCGAACCAUCCGCCCCGAGCAUUCGUUCCGAUGUCAUCAUAUCCGCACGAAAACUCGAAACCGAGUAUCUACCCUUCGCGGCGGCCAAGAACUCGGUUGAUGCCAAUGCUCGAGUUUCGAUCUUGUUGGAAGGGUUGAUCAGGCGGAUGGUGCAGAUGGGAAUCAUCCAUGUCGGUGCAGUACCUCGGGGAUUGACUGUCGCGGUUGACGAGGGUGUGCAGAGGAGAGCUGCAAGGGUUGGCAAGGAUAAGGAGAAGGAUAAGGAUGCCAAAGGAGGAAAGCCAGGUCCUGCGGAUGAGGCUUGGUCCUGGUUGACGGAAAGUGGGAUGAGACUUAAGAUGAUGGUGCGGGAUUUGUACACAAGUACUUGAUCAGAUGGUAUUCCCCUGUGUACGUGAUGAAAGACCGAGUGAG